AUGAUGGAGACAUCGGAGCACAAGGAGCUCCGUCGUGUGGCCUUCCUUGCCAUCGUUGUCUCGACGGUGGCUGUCAUCGCGGCGAUCGUGAUACUCCCGAUGUUGUACUCGUACGUCGCCGGAUUCCAAAGCCAUUUGAUUAUUGAGGCCGAUUUUUGUAAGACCCGCUCCCGCGACAUGUGGGCUCAAAUCCACGACAUCGACAUGCCCCAUCUCUUCGCUCACCGUCAAAAGCGUCAAUACUCCUCUCCAAACCCACCAGCCGCCGGCGGCUACGGCGCGCCAGUCACCAACUCCGAACCAGCGCCAACCUGCUGCUCAUGCCAACAGGGACCAGCCGGACCACCAGGAGCACCUGGAGACGACGGUAACGCUGGACAAGACGGAGUCCGUGGGAACGAUGGAACCGACGGAAAAGAGGGAUCACUUUUGGAGAGUGCAAUUGUCAAUGAGCCAUGUAUUAUCUGUCCACCAGGACCACCAGGACCACAAGGAAUGGCUGGAUCAAAGGGACCACAAGGACCAAAGGGUGGCAAUGGGGAGAACGGACCAGACGGAAAGGCUGGUGCCAAUGGAAUGCAGGGACCACCGGGUAUGAUGGGACCACCGGGACGGCAAGGAGUUAGCGGACCAAAAGGUGCUCCAGGACGUAUCAAUCAAAUCAAUGGACCUGCUGGACCUGCUGGACACAAGGGAGUCCGUGGAGCGCCUGGACCACGUGGAGAGGCUGGAUUGGAUGGUGGCAAUUCGGAGGGACCACAAGGACCGCUUGGAGAUGCUGGACGGCCUGGACCAGUUGGAGAGCAGGGACCACAGGGACCUGAGGGACCACAAGGACCACCAGGAGAGCCAGGAGGCUGCGAGCACUGCCCAAUUCCAAGAACUCCACCAGGAUAUUAA